AUGUCGGAAGGCAGUUCAGACGAUACUGGCGCUCAUGACACAUGGGUUCCUUUCAAAGAUAGACCCGAAUGGAAAGACGUUAAGCCUGUUCCUCAGGAUGAUGGCCCGAAUCCGGUUGUGCAGAUAGCCUAUACAGAUCAAUUUCGCGAUGUGUAUGAUUACUUUCGUGCUGUAGUGGCUGCAGAAGAGAAGUCGGAAAGAGCACUUGAUCUUACAAAAGAAGCAGCGGAACUGAACCCAGCCAACUAUUCUGUGUGGAACUACCGAAGAAAUAUUUUGCAAGACCUAAAUAAAGAUUUGAGGGAGGAGUUGAAAUACAUAUCUCAAGUAAUUGAAGACAAUCCCAAAAACUAUCAAGUUUGGCAUCACAGACGGGUGAUAGUCGAGUGGUUGGAAGACUCUUCUCAAGAGCUUGGAUUCACAGAGAAAAUUUUGAAGGAUGAUGCAAAGAACUACCAUGCUUGGCAACAUAGACAGUGGUGCAUCCAGCAUUUUUCCCUGUGGGACAAGGAGUUGGAAUACGUAGACUCACUUCUGAAAGAAGAUCUGCGCAAUAACUCAGCGUGGAAUCAGAGGCAUUUUGUCAUUAAGAAUACCACUGGCUUCACAGAUGAUGUUGUGACAAGAGAACUCAAGUAUGCUCAGGACUAUAUCCGCAAAGCCCCGAACAAUGAGAGUGCUUGGAACUACAUGAAAGGUGUACUUCUGGAUCGCAAACUAAGCGACUAUCCCAAAGUGAUGGAAUUUUGCCAGGAAUUGUAUAGCAAGCAGAUUCGCUCGCCCUUCCUCUUGGCCUGCAUGAUUGAUUGCUAUGAAGAAAUGCUAGAGCUAGGAAAACCAAAGAAAGAGGAAAACUUGCAGAAAGCGACACAGUUAUGCAAUGAAUUAGCAGAGGAGCAUGACACCCUGCGCAGAGAAUACUGGCAGUACAUGGCACGGUCCCUGGCUUCAAAGUACGGCACGGAUAUUGCUGGGGACUCAUAG